AUGCCGCUUUAUCUCUUUCAGCGACAUGCCAAACUUGUAGGGCAAACCGGUGGGAUUGAAGGUUCGAUCCGUUUGUUGUUCAAGGCUCGAGAGAUGCAGCGUGAGAAGAAAGCCAGCGAACAAGCCGAAGCAGAGCGGCUCGCCAAGCUCGCGAAAUGUCCCGAAUCCGCUGGUUGGUUGGGGUAUCUGGAGACCAAGAAAGCUCCACCGCCACCUCCUGUCGAUGCAUCAGGGCAGGCCACUUCUCUCGAGGCUUUAGCUAAUGUGGACUUCACACCCACGGAGAUCGGACAACAAGCACUGUGGGCGCUUGACUUGCUCGCAUCUCUGGACUAUAACGUAUCCAUGAUGAAGCUGCACAGACUGAAAUACUUGUUGGAAGAGAUACGUCUUGAUCCUGCUGGCAAAGAGCUUGGAGCUGCACUGAUCCUGACUCGAAGAUUGAGACUCAUCCGCUGGGAUCAAGUUGGUGCACCUUCGCCUGAGAAAACUAAGCACAAAAAGCACUCAUAA